CGAAAUAUCUUCGACUCGACUCUGACUCGAGCGACCUCGUACAGCAUGGUCAACACGAAUGGAGUGCCCCCUGGCGGCGGUCCGAGUCCAGCAGAGACGCUCAUCCGUAUGUGCUCCGACAUCGUCGCCGAACUCAUCCAGGCGCACCAGCACAACAAAGAUAUCUCACUCAACGGGCUGAAGACGAGGAUCGCAAAGAAGUACAAGUCAGGCAACAGUCCUCGCUUGGUCGACAUCAUUGCUGCAGUCCCUGAGGAUAUGCGUGAAGCUCUGCUGCCAAAGCUGAAAGCGAAGCCCAUCAGAACAGCGAGCGGUAUCGCAGUCGUUGCGGUCAUGUCCAAGCCCCAUCGAUGUCCUCAUAUCGCCAUGACGGGCAACGUUUGCGUCUACUGUCCAGGAGGGCCUGACUCUGACUUUGAUUACUCGACCCAAUCGUACACUGGCUAUGAGCCUACGAGCAUGCGAGCCAUCCGAGCUCGCUACGAUCCUUACGAACAGAGCAAAGGACGUGUCGAGCAGCUACGUGGCCUCGGUCAUUCAGUUGACAAGGUCGAAUUCAUCGUCAUGGGCGGCACGAUGAUGAGUUUGCCGGAAGCAUACAGAUCGAAUUUCAUUGCCCAGCUGCACAACUCGCUCAGCGGCUGGACGGGCACAGAUCUCGAUGAAGCUGUCAGAUUUUCAGAGCGAGCAAAGACAAAGUGUAUCGGCAUCACGAUCGAGACGCGGCCAGACUAUUGUCUCAAGCCUCACCUCUCGCAGAUGUUACGUUACGGCUGUACUCGACUCGAGAUUGGCGUCCAGUCAGUCUACGAAGACGUGGCGAGAGACACGAAUCGCGGUCAUACUGUCAACGCGACGUGCGAGUCUUUCCAUCUGGCGAAAGAUGCCGGCUUCAAGGUCGUUUCUCAUAUGAUGCCCGAUCUGCCGAAUGUCGGUGUCGAGCGUGACAUUGAGCAGUUCCAUGAGUAUUUUGAGAAUCCAGCCUUUCGCUCCGACGGCCUCAAAAUCUACCCCACGCUUGUCAUUCGGGGUACAGGUCUCUACGAGCUAUGGCGUACUGGUCGCUACAAGAACUAUACGCCCAAUGCGCUCGUCGACAUCGUGGCGCGUAUACUCGCUCUCGUACCGCCAUGGACUCGCAUAUACCGGGUGCAGAGAGAUAUCCCGAUGCCGCUUGUAUCUAGUGGCGUCGAGAACGGAAACUUGCGCGAGCUAGCGAUGGCAAGGAUGAAGGACUUCGGCGCCGAAUGCCGCGAUGUACGUUUCCGCGAGGUCGGCGUGCACGAAAUCCACACCAAAGUCAGGCCGGAUCAAGCAGAGCUGAUCAGGCGAGACUAUGUCGCCAAUGGUGGAUGGGAGACUUUCCUGAGUUACGAGGAUCCCGAGCAGGAUAUUCUGAUUGGGCUGCUUCGUCUGCGCAAGUGCUCGAGCGAAGGCACAUUCAGGCCGGAGCUGACACAGGCCGGACAAACCUCCAUCAUCCGCGAGCUGCAUGUCUAUGGCACUGCUGUGCCCAUGCACUCCAGAGACCCGACUAAGUUUCAGCACCAAGGCUUUGGUACAUUACUGAUGGAGGAAGCCGAGAGGAUAGCAAGAGAAGAGCAUGGCAGUGUCAAGCUGGCAGUCAUCUCGGGCGUCGGCGUACGCUCGUACUAUCGCCGUUUGGGAUACUCGCUUGAUGGCCCUUACAUGACCAAAAUGCUAUACUAGAGCGCGCUUGAAGUGAGAGUGUUGUGGUUUCCUGCUGAGCAGGGUGCCAACUUUUGCAUGUUCAAUUACAAGACAUCUUGGGUUGGGACUAGCCCAUCGACC